GCGCAUCUCCUCAUUCCUCGCUCGCAACCCGCGCCUGACGCACGUACGCGCUCGUGUUUAGUUCCAACCCAGUGUUCGUGUUAAGUGACAGUCACAAAUAUGAAAGCGAUAACAGCAGUGUGCGCGACCGGCGCCUCCGUGCCCGCCAUCGCCAGCGGCCGUGUGCAGCGGCACCGGGACGGCGAGAAUGCCGAGAUCCAGAUGUACCUGUCUAAACUACAGGACCUGGUGCCCUUCAUGCCCAAGAACAGAAAGAUCUCCAAGCUGGAGGUGAUCCAGCAUGUGAUCGACUACAUCUGCGACCUGCAGUCCGCGCUGGAGAACCACCCCGCCAUGGAGCAGUUUGACGCAGAAGGUGCGCUGGCCAGCCAAGCUUGCGCGGCGCCGCAGCCUCGCCCACACCGGCGCCCGCUCGGACCCCGCGCCGCGCCCAAUACCAUCCUGCGCAAAACCACCCCCAGUCAAGAACACAGAACACCAACCACGCCAGAAAAGCAGAAUCAGCUGGACAGGCCCUCUUGCUAAAUGGUGUUAAGUUAAGAGAGACAAUAUAAGUUAUGGUAAUGUUUAUAUACCUCGAGUGGCGACGGAGGUCGCCCCGGGCCGGCACGGGAGCGCCCGACUCCAGUUCCAGUGAACAUCAUCUCCUCGAAGAUGAUAUCCUAUGCACGAUCUCGUUAGGAUCAGUAAACUACUUUAAUGUAAUUGUUUGUGGCAUUACACGCAGAAGACUUGAGCAUUGCAAUGCAAUCGGCCGCGGCGGCCGGCGGCCGGCGGCCCCGGAGCGUCGCGGGUUGUUUUGUUAAAAUGUUUUGUGUAAAAAGCUUUACUAGAUAGUUAGUAGUCUAAUGAAUGUAAAUUUUCCAUGUUUGUAAAUAAGUAUGUUGAGUGAUUUUGUGGUUCACCCACUGGACGUCCUGUCCGUCAAAAGAUUAUAUAUUUUGUAACAAAUAGAUUCUUAAUACUAUUCAGAACACUUCACGUACAAAAUGCUGUAGUCUUUCAAUUUUGUAAAAAUCUUUUUUUCUUCGAAGAUGUCACUAUUAUGUAUUGUAUCUUUUAGUUAUAAAACUAAUGCUUCCAUUUAUAUCAAAGAAGUGGGUCGAUUGAAAGUCGAUCCACGUAUAUUAUAUUAUUUUAAGUUAUUAUUUCAUGAGUGUGAUUUUGCAUGGCGAUUUUGUUUCUAAUAAAAAUAUAUUAUGUGAGUGCUUUACGCAAAUUUUCUAUUAUUAACUUAUGAUUUGUGUUUAGCACGUUGCAGUAUGUAAAUAGUGUAUGUAAUAAAAGUAAAUGAAUAUAAAAAUUUAACUGAAAAUUUAUCGAUUUGAUACGUUUUAUGAUUUUAUUUCGAUUUUAAGGUGAAGAUGCUUUAAUUAUCUUUAUAUACAUAAUUAUUACUUAUGGUGUAUUAUAAUUUUAAAUAGACUGUUAUAGUUUUAGUCGAGGUGCGUUAAUAAUGAUCAAAAUACUAAGCGUUGUUGGUAGAUGUGAGGUACGAAGUGUGAUUGUUUCAUUCUAUCACUUUAUAUAAAUCUGACCGCAGGCAGCUAACCUUACAACUUUGUGUCACAAAUAUAUCAGUCUUGGUCGCAUUUCACGAAAUUAUUCACCCACAUUUUCCUUUAUUAUUUAGUUUUAUAAAUUGUGCACUGAUUUUUAUUAAGUACCAGUACAAUGAAACAGAAAAAUAAAAAAAUCUUAAUUCUAU